GACUGGGGAUCUGCACGGCGUUCCUGUGUGUGACCUGGUCUCUGCUGGACUACCACCAGUCCCUGCGCUCCUUCUUGCAGGACAAGUACGAGCUGAGCCUGGGCUCCUCCGUCGUCUACUUCCUGUGGAACCUCUUCCUCAUCUGCCCCCGCAUCCUCACGGUCGCCCUCUUUGCCCUGCUCUGGCCCUACGGCGUGGCCAUCCAUGUCCUGCUGGUCUGGCUGGCGAUGUUCCUCUGGGUCAGCCUCCAGGGCACGGACUUCAUGGAGUCGCCCGGCCCCGAGCAGCUCUACCGGGCCAUGGUGGCUGUGAUCCUCUACUUCAGCUGGUUCAACGUGGCGCAGGGGAGGACGCUGUACCGCAGCAUCAUCUAUCACUCCUUCAUCCUCGUGGACAGCACGCUGCUGGCGGUGUCCUGGCUCUGGUGCCGGUACCCCUCUGAGGAGCACUCGUACCUCGUCCCCGUGGUCUCUGCCGCGCUGCCCUGCUACCUGCUGGGGCUGGCGCUGAGGGUCGCCUACUACCAGUGGCUGCACCCC